AUGAGUUUUUCAGAGACAAACCAAGAAAUGGGGCAACAUGAAGACUCCAACAAGAGAUCGAACGCAAUGGUAUUAGGGAAAGUUACAGACAUUCAUACAGAAGUUGCAGCAGUAAAAGACUCGUUAACGGAUGCCAUUGAAGAGUUGAAGAACAAGGAAAGGUCCAUUGAAUCCUUGAAAAAGGAGGUUGCAAAGACUAAAGAGUUAGAGGAUAAAUUGGCGGAGAAAGAAGCAUCAUUUUGCAAGUUGAAAGAAGAGUUGAAUAAGGUGAAAUCGUUCGAGUCGGAAGCGAUGCAAUUGUUGUCGGAAGGGAAAAAAAGAAUCCAAGAACUGGAAGAAGAAGUUGAGAGAAGGAAAGGGUCGGAAAAGAAGUUGCAUGAUUCGCUGUUAGCUCAGACCAAAGAGUUGGAAAAAACCAAGGUUUCAUUGGAUGAAUGUAAGCAAGAAAUCAAGUCAUUGAUCCAAAAUAUAGAGAAAUUAGAGAGUUCGUCCGAUGUUGCCUCGCAGUGUUCAACAGGUGAUGAAGAACAAAAUUCAUUGGUGGAAGCCCUUGAAUCUGAGCUGCAAUCGACUAGAGAAAAGUUGGGGCGAGCCCAAGAUAACGAAAGGUUUGCUUUGUUGAAAGCAAAGAAUCUAGCUGAGGAAGUGAAGAAGUUGCAAAGUGAAUUGAAAACCACUAUUGAAGCAGAGGAAAACAACAAGAAAGCCAUGGAUGAUUUCGCUGUGGCGUUGAAAGAAGUUAUAACCGAGGCUAACCAAGCUAAAGAAAAGCUCAUGUCAACGACGAGUGAACUUGAGACAACGAAAGGGCAAGUUGAAGAACUGAAGGUGAAGUUGAAGAAGGUUGAGGAACAAUAUAAUGAAGCCAAGAAAGAAACGGAUCGGUGUAAGAUUGUUUCGGAGAGAUUAAGAUUAGAAGCUGAAGAAACCUUGAUUGCAUGGAAUGAAAAAGAGAUGGGGUUCAUUGAGUGUAUUAAGAAGCAAAUGCAACUAAACAAGAAAUUUCCCAACUCAAAGACACCAUUGCCCAAAAAGAAGCAGCUUUGA